UUUGGCUCUUUCUCUAUUCCACGCUUUAGGGUAUCUGCGAUGGCGGUGAAUCCGGCUCGUAAUGUAGUCUUCGUUACCGGCAAUGCGAGGAAACUAGAGGAGGUUGUUCAAAUUCUGGGUGACGAGUUUCCUUUCACACUCAUUUCCAAAAAGAUUGACUUACCAGAGUACCAGGGUGAGCCUGAUGAAAUCUCAAUAAAGAAAUGUCAGGAAGCAGCCAUACAAAUUCAGGGUCCUGUUAUAGUGGAAGACACGUGUUUAUGUUUUAAUGCCCUUGGCGGACUCCCUGGUCCAUACAUAAAAUGGUUCCUGGAAAAGUUGCAUCCUGAAGGUUUGUAUAAGAUGUUAGCAGGCUUUGAAGACAAAUCAGCGUAUGCACUCUGUACCUUUGCAUACAGCACAGGAAACCCAAAAGACCCAGUGAAGCUAUUUCGAGGGAAAACUCCGGGCAAAAUAGUCGAUCCUCGGGGACCCAGAAACUUUGGUUGGGAUCCUUGUUUCCAGCCAGAUGGCUUCGAUCAGACAUAUGCAGAAAUGCCCAAAGCCGUAAAGAAUUCAAUCUCCCACCGUUACAAAGCACUUCGCGAAUUGGCAGAUUAUUUUAUUGAGAAGAAUGAUUCCUCAAAAAAGGCCAGGCUAGAAGAGGAAAGCCAUUAAUGUCUGCAUGUUUAAUCUUUUAUAAAAAUAAAAAUGUGCUCAUGUAAUUUGUAUCAGGUGACAAAUAUUUUAAAAUGUGGUUUUUUUUGCAAAACUUACUGGGUUAUGAUGGAUUAGCAAAGCAGUUCCAUCUUUGUACCCUCAUCUAUGUUAAACAAGUCUUGGCUAAGCCUGAUAGGAUGGGAUGUUCUGAGGACAAAUCAAGUUGGACCACCCAUGCGCACAUCCUCACAGAGAAAUCCAGGUAUUUUCUUCAGCCACAUCACUUGGUCAGCUCGCUAAAGCCAUUUUUUAGUAUUUUCACAGGAGAUGCCCCUGAAUGGUUUACAUCACUUUCUCCUAGAUGCCCCAGUUAAUGCAGGUCAAGUUUGCCCUCUGGGUAACACUCAAGCAUUUGUCAUUCAAAAUCCGGAUUCCAAUUGGUUUUCCAUUUUGUUAUGAGUGUAUUUUUGGAAUAAGUAAACAUACUAUAUUUCACAACUUAGAGUGGGGGAAAAUGUCCCUUUUUGGUUAUGGAUUAGCAAUACAGAACCCAAUCUGCUUAUGGGUCUUUGCUCACGAGAAAACAUAAUCAGGUAGAAAUCUUUGUAUUUUAAAUCUGUUGCUUCCUGGUGGACACCUGCAGUGGGGUUCCUUUAUUUAGACUGCUGGUUAGGCAGCAUGUCAACCUCAUUCAGAGCAAUGCAAUCUUACAGAGGGCCUCAAGUAAGUCUCAGGCCUCAAACCUGUUCUCGGUGUUCAGGAUCAACCCUGGCCACCUAUUUUCUUGCUUAUAAAGAAUUGGGGGGGGUGGUGGGGGGUAGGGUUGCAUUUCCAGCUCAUAAUGAGCGGUCAACUCUUGCCCUUCAUAUUGAAUUUAAGUGCCUGUUUAGUGCCUAAAAACAGCCAUGGCGCCAUCAAAUUUCAUUCCCAUUUCUUUUUGUUGUGGUAAGAGAAAUGCAGCUGCAGUUAGAGUUCAGUAAUAUAAACAAGCAUUCAAAUAAUUCACCAAGGCACAAAAUUCCUGUGUAACAUGCAACCAAUUUUUUAAUCCACUUUACAAACGAGCCCUUUUUGUUUUGAACAAUAAAUUUUAUAGUUUGUUUGCCCUAAAUUCUUACCUACCACAUGGUAAUGAAAUUCUGUAUGCUGGAAAAACACUUUUAUAAGACAGAUGGGACCUCUUAAAUUGAAAAACUCUUGAAAUGUAUAAUAUUGCACUCAUUAUGAAAGAAUGCUUGUUCCUGUUUGGGGUUGUGGACAUUGCCUUAUUGUGAUAUAAGUUGAUACCUAGACUGAAGAACUAUUACUGGAAUUUAAAUCAUGGCAUUAUUUUUUUCAACAUUUUCUUCCAACCACCCCACCAGCAAUGCUUGUAAAAUCUUUAAGUUCUUAUAAAUAAGGCUGAAUUCAAAA